CAAUGUCAGAUAAAUUUCAUUGCCCUUUCAUUCUGCGCUUGAGUUGUAUAUAAAGGCAGCAAUGGAACAGUCAACAGCAUCAGUUUCUGAACUGCCUCAAUUCUCUCAAUCAACUGCUCAACAUGAAGUUCUUGAUGCUUAUCGCACUUGUCGCCAUCGCUGCGGCUGAUGACCACGAUUAUUCUCACUCGUACAAGACUUCGUAUUCAGCCCCGUCAUAUUCUGCCCCGUCAUAUUCUGCCCCAUCAUAUUCUGCCCCAUCUUAUUCUUACUCUGCCCCAUCUUACUCUUAUUCGGCCCCUUCUUACAGGAAGACGGUGCUUGUUUACCCGCCUCCUCAUUACGAAACCGUCGAAUACGCUGGCUAUACCCACGGUGGUAAAAAGGGAAAGAAAGCCGUCCCCGUCUACAAGGCAGUCAGCAAGUACUAUUAAGAUGCACUAGCUAGGCUCUUGCUGAAUAAGCAAAUAAACCACCACACGUUGCACCUGUUUGCCGCAACUUAAAUUAUACAUUUUAUAGAACCAUAUAUUCAUACAUUUAAAUAACUUCAAGAUAAGAUACUCUAUAUAUGUAGGAAACAAAUUACUUGCAUGUCACUUUGUGCGAAAUAUAUGCCUCACUAA